AUGCCAGAGUCGGAUGCUCAGUCCACCUUUAUUGGCGUCGCCAUCUGUCUUUGCGCAAAUGUCGUCAUCUCGCUUGCACUCAACUGUCAGAAGCUGGCCCAUGUCAGGAUUCAGCAGGAUGGCGAACACGAUGCGGACCAGGGCGCAACUUCCUCCAGGUCAAGGCAAGGUACGGAAUACCAAUCAGACUCUGAGCUCGAGAACGGAGGAGAUGGGGGAGAUGCAGGGGGCGCUCGGGAUGUGCUGGGUGUAGUGGUGGUGAUGGAACGAGAAAGAGCAAAGCGGACUGCUCAGCGCGAGCACCUUCCGCUCUUGGCCCCGACCAACGCUGAGAACGGGUCAGGCACGCUGGACUAUGGCAGCAGCGGGUCACAAGGCGGCACCCAGACAAGCUCCGAGCGUUCCUCGCCGAAUGAGAGCAGAUCGCGCUCAUCAGCUUCACCGACAAAGCCCAGAAAGAAACGCCGCUCAGACUCGAGUGACGUCGAUGCUCAGCCCCACUGUGAGCACGAUCAUGAUCAGCAAGGUCCCACCACAGACUAUCUACGCAGCAAACUUUGGUGGCUGGGUAUGGGGCUGAUGGUUCUGGGAGAGAGCGGCAACUUCCUGUGUAAGUUUCAAGCGCUCCCGCUUCUUAUCCUGGCGCGGUGCUCGGGACCAUUCUCAUCGCACGCGUUUGCAUGCUGCUGACGACUGGCAAUGUCCGCAUCCAUCAGCAUACGGAUUUGCUCCAGCAUCUUUGGUAGCGCCUCUCGGAGCUGUUGCGCUGCUUUCGAACGUCAUUAUUUCGCCCAUCUUGUUGCACGAACGGUUCAGACCGAGCGACCUGAUCGGUAUCGCCUUUGCAAUUCUGGGCAGUGUUACCGUCGUCUUUGCAUCAAAAGACAGGGACGUGCGGCUGGGCCCAGAUCAGCUUUGGGACGCCAUGAAGCGCUUGGAAUUUGUCAUCUACUCUGCGAUCGCGUGUGGAUCUGGCGCGCUUCUAGCUUGGCUGAGCACCACUCGAUGGGCAGACAAAUUGGUUUUGAUCGACGUUGGUGUCUGCGCCAUAUUCGGUGAGCGGCUUGCGGUGUCCGAGCCUUCCAAACUACAGUCGAGGCGCACGCACGCUCACUCCUGCUUGAGCCCUUUCGCAAUGCAGGCGGCUUUACGGUGCUCAGUACAAAGUCACUAUCCGGGCUGCUCUCUGGCGGACCUCCGUUCGAGCUGCUCAAGUACCCUAUCACUUACGGGCUGAUCGCGGUGCUAGCGGGCACAGCGGUUCUGCAACUGACAUAUCUGAAUCGGGCGUUGCAACGCUUUGAUUCGCGAGAAGUCAUUGUGAGUGCAUCCAUUUGCUUCUAACGCGGCCCGUGCUCACGUCCAGUCUGCUCGACAACCUUCACAGCCUUCACAAUACGUGCUCUUUACGCUGUCCGCCAUCACUGGAGCAGCGAUUCUCUUCAGGGAUUUUGAAGACGUGGACGCGCACAGACUCAUCAACUUCUUGUUCGGAGUUCUCUGCCUCUUCAGUGGGGUGUUCCUUCUUACUCGGCAAUCUUCCGACGCGCAACAGACGGACGAAGAGGUGCAAUCCGAGCAGCAGCAUGCAGGCGACCAGCCCACUUUUGUCAACUCUGUUGCGCCAGAUCAGGCUGCGCUACUGCUACCCACAGUGCAGGAGGAUGGAGAUGAUGCGGAGCGUCCUGCCCACGUGCAGUACGCCACUCCCCUCGCGGCAGCUCGCGGCAGGCCUGUUCGUCCUAGCUUGGUCGGCGCGGCCACCACUGGCACCAAUCUACCUGCCAUCUCGAGUUCUGCUGGGCUGUUUGGAACCAGUUUCACCUCCAUCUCUGGCGGUCUGGCCGGGAACGCUGCUCGAACGCCUAGGCGGAGCAUCGUUGGGCUGGCCCCGGCGUCUGCGUCUCUGAGCCAAGGCACCUACCUCUUGUUGGCAGCGGGCACCUCACCAAGCGCAGCAGGGCUUGCUCAAGCGCGCCAGGCACCCAGCACGGUGAGGCCCAGAAGGUCCCGCAGUCUGAGCCAGCCUAGCACUCCCACCAGAAGUCGCAGCGCUCGAAGUUCUCUCGGUCCGCAUGCUAUCCACGGCCUCGCUGCGAGAGAUUCGACGAGCUCUGCUACUGAACAAAGCGGCUCGAGAAGGACUUCGGGCGACUUGGGAGGCGCUACUCCUCGUCCUGUUUCCUACAUCGAUAGGACAGGGACUGCACGCGAGGACCAAAGCGACGCAGGGAACCUGACGGAGGAAUAG